GAGGAAGGGCAUGAAGGGGAAGGAGGCUCCUCUGAGUCCUGAGGUUCAGUCCCAGCAGUCCAACUGUUGCACCCUUCAUCACCAACGUCCAGAGAAGACCUUGCAGGGUGAUUGGUCAUGGGGGGCUAUAAUCUGCACCUCAAUUGGAUGGUCUGUUUCUGUCGGCUUCGGCUUGUUGUGCUGCAUCUAUGUGGCCACGCUCCACGAGAACGACCUGUGGUUCUCCAACAUCAAGGAAGUGGAGCGCGAGAUCUCCUUCCGAACGGAGUGUGGACUGUACUACUCAUACUACAAGCAAAUGUUGAACGCACCAUCCAUAUACGAAGGAUUAUCAGAACUGAUCCAUGACAACUUGACAGAGUCUAAGAGGACCAUUAAUCUCUUACAGCGGAUGAAUAUUUACCAAGAGGUGUUUCUCAGUGUUCUCUACAGAUUAUUGCCCGUACAGUCGUAUCUGGAGCCAGUGUAUUUCUACAUUUACACGGUGUUUUCACUCCAAGCUGUGUAUGUGAUUGGUCUGUACCUCACUGCGUGGCUCCUGGCUGGAUCCUGGCUGGCUGGUGUGCUAACGGGAGUCUGGUACAUUCUUAACAGGGUGGACACCACUCGUGUGGAGUUCACCAUCUCCCUGAGAGAGAACUGGUCCUUGCCCUUCUUUGCACUGCAGGUCGCUGCCAUCACUUGUUACCUCCGGCCUCAGCUCAGCGCCUUACAGCAGAAGGUGAUGGUGUGGCUGAUGUACGCGACGACGCUCUGCUUCUGUCUGACCUGGCAGUUCAACCAGUUCAUUCUCCUCGUUCAGGCUCUCAUCAUUUACACCCUGGAUUGUGUUGAUCUCUUAACAACCACACAGGUUACAACUUUGUACCUGGUUCAGGUGAGCGGCCUGCUCAGUGUGUGGCUCCUCCAGUUCUGUAACUCCAUGAUACUGGGGUCACUGGCCCUGAGCUUUGUCGUAGCUGCUCUUUUCAUCAGACAUUGUCACUCUGGUCUGAAGACAGGAAGCCUACUGGUUCGUUUGGGGAAAAUUCUGCUCCACAGUGCUUUGGUUCUCCUGCUCACCUUCAUCAUCAACUACCUGACAAAGAAAGCACUUCAGCUCAGAUCAGAUGAACAUAUUUUUAAAUUCAUCAAGUCAAAGUUUGGUUUGGGACCGACCAGGGAUUUUGAUGCUGGUCUGUAUUUGUGUGAGGAGGCUUUUGGUCUGCUGCCCCUGGACACACUGGAGCGUCUGGCUGGCACAUUGCUGUUAUACCCAUAUACACUGACUCUGCUGCUGCUGAACAGCAUGCUAACAGUGGCAGUACUGCAGAACCUGAGGUAUGUAGUGCCUAAAGGAGGUCUGGGAGAGGAGAAGAGAGGAGCUGCAGAGUUACGAGUGGAGGCUUUUCGUCCUGAUGUGGCCUAUAAUCUGCUGCACACUGCACUCUAUGGGACCCUGGCUUUCAGCACUAUGAGAAUGAAGUAUAUAUGGACUGGCCACAUGUGUGCAGUUGCAGCGUACGGUGUGUGUGGGACUGAGUUGUGGACUCUGGUUCUCAGAGCUCUCCGCUUCAACACUAAACUUCUGUUCAGGUUUGUCAGAUAUGCCGUUCCUCUGCUGAUGCUGUGUUGGCUGUGUUACAAGUUCUGGCCUAAGCUAAUGGAGGAGUUAUCAGAGCUGAGGGAGUUCUAUGAUCCAGACACUGUGGAGCUCAUGACCUGGAUUAGCACAAAGACCCCCAAGCACGCAGUGUUUGCUGGAAGCAUGCAGCUCCUGGCCGGCAUUAAGCUGUGCACAGGCAGAGUUCUCACCAACCACCCACAUUAUGAAGAUAAAGACCUGCGGGAGCGGACCAGACAGGUGUAUCAGGUGUACGCUCAGCGGUCCCCAGAGGAAGUGUACGACAUCCUGAGGGCGGUGGGGGCCGACUACGUGGUGCUGGAGAACAGCAUCUGUUAUGAGCGGAGACACAGGCGAGGCUGCAGACUGCGGGACCUGCUCGACCUGGCUAACGGACAUAUCAUGGAUGGACCUGGGGAGAACGACCCAGAUCUCGUGCCUGCCCCCCACCCUCGGUUUUGUGAGGCCAUCAAGACAGACGCGGCAGCUUAUACCACGCUGUUCACCAGAACGUUCCAGAACAAAACCUUCUAUGUGUACCGGCUCAAGAAGAAACGCAAGAAAAGUGCCAAGAUGUCGUCAGAACCUGGUGCGACACAGUAGAAGGACCAGAGCCUGAAGGAGUCCAGCAGAGACCAGAGGGAAGACAGAGAGCAGAGACCGUGGCACUAAGUCCUCGGUCUCUGCUUUGCGCUGCGUCCAGCUGUGAUUGUGGCUGUUGUAGUUGUACGAUUCUUUUAAGUGGCUCCGAGAAGCCUUUAUGUGGGGGCAGGGAGCCAGAGGGGUUGUCAUGUUUUAGUUUGUGGAGGGUUGAAGCAGCUGUUUGCUGCUGAGCUCCUCUUUGCCAAAAAAAAAAAAGAGAGAGAAAAGUUC